GCGCAACCUCAAUUACGCGACAAACAGGUCGCAGAGCUCAGCACUCACAAUGUCGACCGAUAUCGAGAUCCCCGACGCCAUGGCCACCGAUGCGCCAGCUGCCACCGACACUCAAGCCCCAACCCUCUCGCAGCAAACCUACCGUCAAAUCGCCGCGUCACACAUCGAAGCUCUUAAUAAGCUCAACAGCAACUUGCCGGACAUCCUCGCUCUGAUCGCAGCCGCACUCUCGCAACUCACCAACAACCCAAUCCAAUCCGAGCAGCGCGACGACUCGGCCCAGGCGCGCGACGACGACAUCCGCGCCUUCAGCAGCGCCAUAAAGUCGGUGAUGCAAGGCUUCCGGGAGGCAUUGGUGGAGCAGAUCAAUGAUCUGGAGCGCUUCAAAGUCAUUCCCGAAACCAUGCCCAAAUUUACUGCCUUGUCAAGCACGUCAUCCAAAUUGAAUGCGCAGCAGCAGCAACAACCGGCGUUGACGAAGCAGGGUGCCGAUGGGGGUGUGAGAAAUGGAGGGUACGGGAACUUCGAUGUGGGGUGGCUGAAUGCACAGGUCGCGUCUGGGCUCGUGGGGGGAGACAAUACUCUCGACAGGGUGAGGGCUGUGCUCGAUGAGCUGUUGGAGAGGAGUGGGCAGAAGACUGAAGGGGAGGAGAUGGCGGUCGAUGGCUGAAGAAGUGAGGAUCGUCAUUCCUGGAAACAGUUAUCGCGAAUAGCCCAUGCGCAUCGUUCAUCAGGACUUGCGUGGACUUAAGGGCGGGGCCAGCCUUCAAGGCAUAUCUCUGGCGGAGUCACCAGUCGACUUCGUCGUCAGGCUACAAAUGAGGGCUCGGGAGGACCUAUC